AUAGUCAUUUUGCAAGGCAAAAUUGAAUUUGGUGAAAUCUGGUGUUCUGUACACCUCUUUUGAGCUAUACAGUGCAACUAGAUUGAAUUGGUAUAUUCUCUGAUCUGAAAUACUCUUCUCUUCCCUCCCCUCAGAAGGACACUGCUAGUCAUGACUUCCAUAAAGGAGCAGGCAGCCAUCAGCAGAUUAAUAAGUUUCCUACAAGAAUGGGACAAUGCUGGCAAAGUUACUCGCAGCCACAUUCUGGAAAAUUUCAUCCUAGCCAACCAAGGCAAGACAGGUCCAGAACUGGAGAUGGAAUUCUCUCAGGGAGCCAGUUUGUUUCUGGCCCGCUUAACUGCCUGGCUCAGACUAACCUACAUGUAUGGAACAUGCCUAGAGUACCAGUUGAAGUCCAUUGGUAUCUUCCUAUCAGCUGCAAGUGGCCAGCGGUACCUUAUUGAAUUCUUGGAAAUUGGUGGCAUCCUCACACUGCUGGAAAUACUUGGACUCUCUCAACUGAAAGAAGAGGACAAAAGAGAAUCCAUAAAGCUUCUUCAAUUAGUAGCAAACUCUGGCAGGAAGUUCAAAGAGCUUAUUUGUGAAAGCUAUGGUGUGCGAUCAAUUGCAGAGUUUUUGGCUAUGUCCAAGGCAGAAGAGACUCAAGAACAAGUGCAGAUUCUUCUGGAUGCUCUAGGCCAUGGCAACCCCAAAUACCAAAAUCAGGUUUACAAAGGCCUGAUUGCUCUUUUGAGGUGCACUUCCCCCAAAGCCCAGCAACUAUCUCUGCAAACUCUUAGAACAAUACAGACAAUUGUGGGGAAAGCCCAUCCAAGCAUUGUGGACUCUGUACUGGGUGUGCUUCGGUCUAUGCAUUUGGAGGUACGGUAUGAAGCAAUUCAACUGAUCAAGGACCUGAUGGCCUAUGAUGUACGACCAGCAUUGCUUAAGGGAUUGGUUGCAUUGUUAAAACCAUCAAGACAGGAGACAGCCAAAAUGCAAGCCAAAAUCCUGGAAGAAGCAGGAAUAUUACACCUGGAGUCCUUACCAGCAUAUAUUCAGCAAGCUGCUGCAGCCAAAGCAAUUGGAAUUCUAGCCCAAGAUUCAAGAGAAGUGGCUGAGGAACUGAUAUUCUUGAGAGUGGUGCAUGGCCUCCUCUGUGCCAUGGGCAACAAAGAUCACACCAACUGCCAGAGGCAGGCCAGCAUCACACUAGAGUAUUUUGUGCAGAUGUUCAUAGUGGUGGAGCAUCAUGUAAAGAAAGCCAUGGGAGAAAAAUUGUUCCAGCUGUUCAUGCAAGAUGCUACAAACUUGUAUCUAAAGAUGGAUGCUGUGCAGGCUGAUAUCCUGUCCACCAAUAUAGUCAAUAUUCCAGCAGAAUUUUUGGCUCAAGGAAAAAUGGAAUUCACAGACACAAAGCCAAGUCCUGAAGAGGAAUUGCAAACUGAAGACAGUGAAAUAACUCCUCAGCCUUCUAUUGACUAAUCCAUUCCAAAUACUGGGAUAAUUGUUGAUUUUCAUCUUGUUCCUGUUUUUUUGUCCCUUUCAUUUAUUAUUCCUUUCCAGGACCUUCUAUCCAUCCUAUGAGAAACAAAUGGAAGGUGCACAGAACUGUAAACACAGCACAUA